AGGCACCUCCUUGUUACCCUACUUUGACAACUGACUCUCUCGCCCUACCAAAUGCCGGCACAGCACUGGUGCCCCUCUUUGUCACCGGCCGGUUUUCGUGUCCCCGCUGAAGUUUGUUCCCAAGCAUCAUACUUAGUUACAGUACCCCGCAUCUAAUCAGGUACAGUACUAGUAUGCACCAAACACCUCACAACAUCGGCAUCCUACUGUACCUUGUUCUGUGGGGGUUUCUCCCCUCAACUCCCCCCCCACUACUCGAGUACUCGAGUAUCGCAACAUGUAAGGCAUGAUAAUAAUUAUUAUUGUGAUAGAUUUUCGAUCUGUCCACCAUGAUACGUUACUCCGCCCGACAUGCAGUAUUUUUUUUCUCCUGCUAACAGCGCUUUGGGUACGAGUACUCGAGUACGGUGCUCGAGCACUGUGCGGUGCGGCAUGCAGCAGGAGAGGGUGGGGGGCAAGGGGUUCUCCGGAACUGGGCAACUUGCUCAGGAUGGAAGUUUAUUCGUCUACUACUCGAGCACUCGCGCAUUGGGAGCUCCCGUGAUAACCCCACUUGCUUAGUUUUAAUAUUCCUGGCCCAACUGCAAUGGGAACUACUGUGCUAGUCAAUGUAUCUGUACGGUUCUUAAUCUGCACUGUCAACGUGAAUGGUCCCAUUACUACAGCCCAUACGUCCAGAGGUUCUUCCGUUCCAUGUCUGGAAAUUGAAAAUAAAAUAAAAAGUCACCUCCCGAAACCGCCAUGCUAGUGGGGUACUCGAGUGCGAGUACAGUACAUAGUAUCUGCGGCAGGGCACUCGUAAUCUUCUGACACUCCAAAAAAAUCAGCCGGAGCCUCAAGAUUUUUGUGGCAUGCCAUGGUGGCCGUAUUCACAAACGUCAGAAAUUACGAGUAUUCGAGCAGCUCAAUAACAUCGAUACUACAAAGUAAGUCUCUGGAGGGAAUUGGGUGGCCGUAUGUAUAAAUAGUUGACCUUCUCCGAGCCGUUCAGCCCAGAAGAAUUUGACGCUGACCACCACCCUGUCUCCUUCACCACUAACACCUGGUAAGUAAACAGGUCCGUCCUCCCAAGCCCUCCCACCAAUUCUCCCCGAGUCAGCUAUCCAUCCAUCCUCCCGAGCAGGAAAGAAAAAAAAAAAAUACCCCACACAAAGUAUCCCGAAGCGCGACGAUAAAAAUUUCUCACAUCCAACGCAAUGGCUUCUCACGCAGAUGACGAGCUGAAGCCAUCCACCACCGAAGGGUACAAGGUGGGGGAAAAGAAGUCAGUUGAUGAGUACGCAAAGCUAGAUGCUGAGGAUGAGUCUCUCGCCCGCUGGAAGCAGUCUCUGGGUAUUGGUUCUGGUAGUGCUGGAGGCUCUCUUGGAGACCCUGGUGAUAAGCGAAAGGUCGUUAUUCUCCAACUCUGCCUAUUGAUCAGCGGUCGUCCAGAUGUUGUCAUCAGUCUCGAUACCCCCGCAGCUCUAGAAGAACUGGGGAACAAGCCUUUUAUUAUUAAGGAAGGUGCUGAAUACCGGAUGAAGGUCAGAUUCCGGGUUCAGCACGAGGUUAUCUCCGGAUUGAGAUAUCUGCAGCUUGUGAAGAGGAAGGGGAUCAAGGUCGAUAAGUCUGACGAAAUGAUGGGGAGUUACGGACCAAAUACCUCGGAAACCCCCUACUACGAGAAAAUCUUUUCUGAGGAGGAAGCACCCUCCGGAAUGAUCUAUCGUGGUCGUUAUGACGCUGUUAGCAAGUUUAUGGACGACGACCACAAUACCCACUUGGAGUUUAAAUGGAAUUUUGAUAUCAAAAAGAGCUGGGACUAGUCUAAGUCCUCGACUCAAUUGUUUCUCUGGCUUUCCACUGCCCAUUCUUGGCGCAGCAAAGCUAGUUACCUCGAACUGCUUGCUGGGGCGUUUGUUGCCGUACUUGGCCCGAAAAAUAUGCAUGGUCCGUGUGGUGUGUACAUAUUAGCUUUUUUUGAGGUGGUGGCAUUUUCCUGAGAUGCAGGAAAACGGUUUACGUUAUCGACGAGAGAAAGAGUAUGAAUGGUACUUGUAGUAUUCCUUCA